UCUUUUUUUUUUUUUUUUACCCCUGUUCGGUUUCAUUUGCUGCGGAGGCGGGGCGGGGCGUCUGGAGUCGGCGAUUCGGCAUCCAGACUUGCUUGACGAAAACAAGUACUGUACACGCACCUCAGAGAACUUGGUCGUCUCUGAACUUCUUUUGUCCCCUCAGUGCUCGACAUGCACGUCUGUAUGACCCUACUGCCAGUUCUUGCUGUGCUCCUCCUGCCAGAAGCAUGGGCUCAGAGGAGCACCAACAGCAGACUGGGUGUGGUGGUUGAAGCCCAGAACAUCACGCUCCCUAUCGGGAGUACAGCCGUCCUGCCUUGCCACAACCCUCGCAUGUUGUGGACCCAGGACAGACUGAAGGACCGUCAGAGGGUGGUGCACUGGGACGUGAUGCGCAACACUCCCAAAUACUCGGUGGAACGGGUGCUGGAUAUGUCCCCGGGGGCCCGCCUGAGGGUCUACAACAACUUCAACAAGGGUCGCAUUUCCAUUCCGGGCUCUGCAUUCAAAGAUGGCAACUUCUCCCUAGUCAUCAGCAAUGUGGUACAAAGUGACCGAGGAGUAUACACAUGCAAUCUGCACCAUCAUUACUGCCAGAAUCAGCAAUCGGUUCAAAUUCAUCUCAAUGUGACCAAGUCAGCUAACAAGGAGAAGCGUUACUGGGAUGGAGAGAAGACCAUUUUUGUGGUGUUGUUGGGAAGCUCGGUGGUGUUGCCAUGCGUUAACCGGAACCCCCUGUGGAGAGACGGUCUCCAGGAGGACCAGCAGCAGGUGGCCCAUUGGGACUUCCAGCCCCCUGGGGUGCGUCCAGACAGAGCUGACCGCUUGGUGGACCUCUACGCUUCAGGAGAACGGCGGGAUUACGGGCCUCUCUUUGCCGACAAGAAAAUGAGCGUGGCAGAGGACGCGUUUACAGUCGGCGAUUUUUCGCUGUCCAUAUCUGACCUGAAGCCGGUUGAUAAAGGCCUCUACUCCUGCCACCUGCACCACCACUACUGCGGCGUGCACGAGAGACGCAUCUUUAGACUCACUGUGGGAUCUUCGCUUCCGUCAGAGGCGACCACGGCAUCAACGGCUUUCCACAAUGAGGAACCCGAACCAAGGAUCGAAGACAUUGACAGUCCUCACGUGGUUAACGUCAUCCUCCCAGAGCACCGAGGCUAUUUCGUGCAGCAUUUCGGCUACUUCCUGGCAACUUUCCUGCUUCUGGCCUUCAUCGGUGUGGCAAUCAUCGUGCUGACUCGGCGACGUAAAAAGAGAGGCCUGGCAUACGACCUGCGCAGAUAUGACGAAAGAAACGUCAUAAAUGAAGGACAGUGCUCAGUGGACUGCACGGAGCUGAAGCCUUGCAACCAAGAGCCACUGAAUUCAGAUUACAAAAACAACCUCCUGAAAGCGAAAUACUUGAGCAAAGACUGCAACAAGGACUUUGACGGGAUGCUGUGGAAGUAAGUAAGUUUGAGAUGCUGCUGGCAGGACCAGGGCAAAUGAUGUGAGAGAAGGGAAAAAUGAAGCCAACAACGCAGAGGAGAAACACUUCCUCCGCUGAAACUCCACACAGUACAAAGCUUUUUUUAAUUAUUUUUUUUUCACACCUUCGGUGUUUCAUUGCUUGUAUUUCAGAAAAUUACAAUCACUUUUUUUUUAUAUUGUAUUGUUGAUGCUGAAUAUGAGGUUGUAUGCAAUUAUUUUUCCUGUUGCGAUGUGGUUUAACAUUAUAUUCAUUUUCCAGCCUAAUUUAGGUGUAAUGUGCAUGCAUGCAGAGCUGCAAGCUCACAGCUCUUUUUAUAUGAUAGAUGCUUUUGUCAUGUUUUUUUUUUUGCAUACAUUCUGCUGUAUUUAAUUUUUCAAGUUACUUUUCUGUAUGUGGACAAAGUCACCAAAUGUUGUGAUACAUUUUGAUGGUACUAUCCUUGUGUUUAUGUAUGGCAAUUGUUUCCCACUGUGUAUACCCCCCCCCCCCCCCAAUAAAUAAAUAAAUAAAAAACAUGUUCAACAA